GUGGUAUGAGUAAUAAACACUUAGCUCUCUGAAGGCUUUGUGGCUGCCACAGCUCCUCUCAGUCAUUUCCUCCUCUAGCGGCUCAGUGUGUUCAGCGGGAGCUUGCACAGAUCUCUACUUUUACUGGGAGCAACUUUGAUGAUCUGAAGCAUCGUCCUACCAGACAUGGAUACCUCAAAGCCUACGGACAAGAAGCCAGGCCUGUCGCAGAACAGGCUGAUCGGUUUGAUAGAAACGGAUGACAGCAUCCAGGAAGGUAGUUCUGCAGCUGGUAAACAGGGAGAAAAUAAAGGGGCCAAAGGAGGGAAGGAAAAACCACCCCUGGAGACUCCUUACAAGAAAGAGAGCAGUGACUUUGAUCCAAAAAUCAGGAUUAACUUGAAUUAUCGACCAGGACUUUCCAGCAAUAGCCAAAAGGACCCAAAUCGCUUUGAUAGAGAUCGGCUCUUUGGUGCUGUCUCGAGGGGUAACCCGGAGGAGCUGGAUGGUUUGCUUGAUUACUUGAGCAGGACCUCUAAAUUUCUCUCCGAUUCAAGAUAUACAGAUGCUGAGACGGGUAAGACCUGCUUAAUGAAAGCCCUGCUGAAUUUAAAAGAUGGGACAAAUCCCACUAUCCCAGUGUUGCUAGAAAUAGACCGGAAGACUGAGAAUCCAAGGCCACUUGUCAAUGCUGCAUGCACCAAUAGUUACUAUGCAGGCCAGACUGCACUCCACAUUGCCAUAGAGAAGAGGCACCUAGAUUUAGUGAAACUGCUGGUAGAGAAUGGAGCCGACGUCCACGCCAGAGCCCAUGGUGAAUUUUUCAGGAAGAAGAAAGAAGGAGUGUGUUUUUAUUUUGGUGAACUUCCCCUCUCCUUGGCUGCCUGCACCAACCAGUUUGAUGUGAUAAAAUACCUCCUUGAUAACCCCUAUCAGAAAGCCAGGCUCCAGGAACAGGAUUCCCUGGGCAACACAGUUCUCCAUGCCCUGGUGGUGAUCGCAGAUGACACCAAGCAGAAUACUGAGUUAGUGUGCAAGAUGUAUGAUGAGAUCUUAAAGGCAGGCACGGAGAUUAACCCAGCAGAGAAGCUCGAGGAGAUAGUGAACCGGGCUGGGUUAACGCCACUGAAACUGGCUGCCAAGAAGGGCAAAGUAGAGAUCUUCAGACACAUUCUCCAAAGAGAGAUCAAGGAUCCAGAGUGCCGGCACCUGUCUCGCAAAUUCACUGAAUGGACCUAUGGACCCGUCCAUGUAUCUCUCUAUGACUUGUCCUCUGUAGAUAGUUAUGAGAAAAACUCUGUGCUGGAGAUCCUUGCUGAGAGCAGUGACACACCAAAUCGAUACAAGAUGGUGGUUUUGGAGCCGCUGAACAAACUGCUUCAGCACAAAUGGGACUCAUUUGCUGCCAGGAGAUUUUACUUAAGUUUUUUCUGUUAUUUUAUAUUCAUGGCCAUCUUCACGGUCCUUGCUUACCAUCGUCCCCUGCAGUUACAGUCUCCAUUUCGAGCAGAGUUCACAGCUAUCGGCUUCUUGCAGCUCACUGGACAAAUCAUUGUUUUCCUGGGAGGCUUUUAUCUCAUCAUUGCUCAGAUUCUUUACUUCUUGAGGAGAUGGCGGAACCUGAAGAAUGUGUUCUCUGAUGGCUGCAUUGAGGUCUUUCUGUUGCUCCAGGCAUUCUCGCUGCUGCUUUCAGCUGUGCUGUAUAUUGUGGGUUCAGAAGACUAUGUGCCGACGAUGGUAUUCUCCUUACUGCUGGGAUGGGUGAACAUGCUGUACUACACUCGGGGCUUCCAGUGGACUGGGAUCUAUUGUGUCAUGAUACAGAAGACUAUCCUGAGGGACCUGCUACGCUUCCUCGUGGUUUACGUGAUCUUCCUCUUUGGCUUUGCGGCAGCUCUGGUCACCCUCACAGGGGAUGCCCCUCCGGCUUCCCAGAACAAGUCUGUUACCCCAGAGGACGGCGCUAAAGACCACGUUGUGUACAGUGGGCUGCUGAGCACUUCCUUGCAGCUCUUCAAGUUCACCAUUGGCAUGGGGGACCUGGAGUUCCAGGAGCAUGUGAAAUUCAAAUACUUCGUCAUGCUGCUGCUGCUGCUGUUUGUGAUCCUGACCUACAUCCUCCUGCUCAACAUGCUGAUCGCCCUCAUGAGCGAGACUGUCACCAAUGUCUCUGGUUACAGCAAGAGCGUCUGGAAGCUGCAGAGAGCCAUUGCCAUUCUGGAAAUAGAGAAGUCCUGGCUGUGGUGCCCAAGAAGGAGGCAGAGAUCUGGCUGCUUCUUGUCUGUGAGCCUUGAUGAUAAGAAAGAUAUGAGAUGGUGUUUCAGAGUGGAGGAGAUUAACUGGGCCAACUGGGAAAAGGAGCUGGGAGUCAUCAAGGAGGAUCCUGGGAACUCCAGAGACUUGGAAAUAGAAUCCCUAGUGAAGAGAGUGCGGGACAGGAUGUCACGGGGGCAAGCAAACUCAGCAGCACUGGAGGAGCAGUUGCCGUUACAACCAUUAGCCAGUGACUGAGAUGAGGCCACUAGAAGAGGACAAACCAAGAGACUGUAGCAUGUUCUCAGCAUUGGAAUCCUGUUGUUGCUCCCAUUCCAAUGAAUUCUUCAUUCUGUGGUGCCACUAAUAUUGAGAUGGAAAAGUAAUCAGUAUUAACAUGUCUCAUCAAAGACUGUUUCAGUCUUUUGCUUGUAUGCAUACAAAGUAUUUCCUUUGA